AUGGCAGACACGAAGCCGAAAGUUGCUGUUUACUACAGCAAGGAUGGGUCUCCCAGUAUGCUCAGCCUCGAGAAACUGUCCGCAUUGAUGAAAACGACCGACGUCAACGAGGAGGUCGAGGAGAGCUCAGAAGGCGAGGACAGUGCCGUCGACACGCCUGAGGAAUAUGAAAAGGAUAAGGACAAGGAGACGACAAACGCUCCAGUGGGAUCGGUCAGCGAGGUCAAGAACAUCUACAAGUCGUCGAAAGACAAAGACGGCGUCUGGACCUGGGUCAACAAGUACCCCGAGGACGUCGCGGAGCCGGCAGAGAACGCCGUGACGGACACUUAUGCGGUGCUCGUGCGCAACGUCAAGAGCCAGGACGGUCGCAAGAAGCUCGAGGCCCACUCCAUCGUCGUGCAGAGCCCCUGGCUGCAGAAGGCCCUCGGCGACGUCGUCUUGAAGGAUUAUCCUGGCGUAGCAUGCGAGCUGAAGCGAUUGACUUUUGAGGCCCCCUUCAAGCCGUUCAUCCACCGCUGGUUUGAGCUUCUGGAGUACAUGAAGCGCCCUGACCUGGACACAACAACCAAGGAGCAUCUUGUCGUUCUUCACGACAUCCUCCAAUAUGAGAUCGGUGACAGCAUCAAGGCUUAUGAGGACUACGUUCUCAACGGCGUCAUCACUUUUGAGCAUCUCUGGAUGAUCUUCCAGCCCGGCUCCGUCAUCCUCGCCGCCCACAAGGGACCUCUCUCCGCUUUCGAGCUGGGCGAAGCGCAGUACAUGGAGAACAAGUGCGGCAAGUUCAUGGGCCUCUUUUGCGACUGCGUCGAUUACAGCGGAAAGGAGUUCGGUCGUGUGACGGAGCGGAUCGAUGUCCCUGAGUUCAUCGGUGCCAAGAAGAUCACUGGCUUGAAUGCCUUCCCUCUGACUUUCCACGAAGACGAGAGAGCGGUUGCGGCAAGUCUGAUAGAGAGGGGUAAGCUCUUUGAAAAGCUAGCCGGUCACCAUUACAAAGCAUACGAUGGCACCGCGAUCACCUGGGAUCAGCAAGGAAACGAAGUCCCGAUCCAGCUCAGUGGCCGCAUCGUCGUAGACAUCCAUUCUUUCAACCGCAGCAACAUGUGGCGCCGACGUCGGCUAAGGGAUUGGAAGGCCAAGGACCUGGAGCGUCUGCACGAGCAUCGACGGAAGCACGGCCUUUCUGAGCAUGGUCAACUCAGACUUACACCAUACUACCAGAUGCUCGCACGGUCCCGGACCCGUGGAUAUUCCCUUAAGCGCAAAGAGUGGCUCGAGUUCUACGUCGAGCAGGUCGACGAGAUCACGUGGAACCGAGAUGCAUUCGAGAAGCUCGUUCUUCCAGCUGAUCAGAAGGAGCUGAUCAUGGCCUUCUCGGAGUCGCAGCUGGACGGGGGAGACACUUUCGAUGAUGUUAUCUCCGGCAAGGGCCGAGGCAUAAUAUGCCUGCUAUCCGGCCCGCCAGGUGUGGGCAAGACGCUAACAGCAGAGGCAGUAGCAGAGAACCUUCGCGUGCCGCUGCACACGCUCAGCUCGGGCGACCUGGGCUCGAAGCCUUGGGAAGUUGAGCAGGGCUUGUCGCAGAUCCUCGAGCUGGUCGCGCGGUGGAACGCCAUCCUGCUGCUGGACGAGUGCGAUGUGUUCCUCGAGGCGCGGUCGACGCACGACCUCGAGCGCAACAAGGUCGUCUCCAUCUUCCUGCGCACGCUCGAGUACUACGAGGGCAUCCUGUUCAUGACCACCAACCGCGUGGACAACAUCGACCAGGCGUUCCAGUCCCGCAUCCACGUCUCGCUCGAGUACCCAGAUCUCACAGCCGAGUCGCGGGCUCACAUCUGGCGCAACUUCCUCUCUGCCGCCAAGCAGAAGCCCGAGAUCACGGAUCAGGAUGUGGAGGAGCUAGCCAAGCUGGAGCUCAACGGACGGCAGAUCAAGAACAUACUCAAGACGGCUCAGCUUUUGGCGAGACGGAAGAAGAGUGUGCUCAAGCGCAGCUUCAUCGAGACGGUCUUGGGGAUUGAGAAGCGCCGCCCCGUUGCCAAUGGCACUGCCGACUGGAUUGGAAAGGCGGGUGUCAAGACUCUGGGAAAUUAG